ACGCUCACUCGCCGCAGUCAGUCGCACCUCGGCCCCGUUCUGUACUAGACGCAUGUUGCAGUGAUAAGCAUUGAAUUGACUAUUACGUCUCGCAGUUAAAUUCAUUAGUUUUCCUUCUGAGAAAACCAAGUGAUAAUAACCCCGCCUCGAGGCUUGUGAGUGGAUUUGUCAUAUGUGCUAAUACUCGUAUCGGAGCAUUGCUAUACCACGAAAGUUUUCGGACGUUCAGCAGCAGUAGCAGCGCCAAAAGCGGUAUCGGCGAUGCGGCGUCCGCGCAGCACGAGGAGGAUGCGGCCGUGAGCCGAGACGACUCCGCGAAGAACAGCGCCGGCAUGGAUCGCUGGCAGACCACGCUCGAGGACAUGAUUCACCUGCGUUCCUCCAACAACCAGGCCUUCAAAGAUAACUAUUGGGCUCAAAAUGGCUUCGAUGAGUUGCGUCGCUACGUGAAGCAAGGCAGCGACUUCAGUAAGGAGCUGGCCUCCAUUUUACAAGAAAGGGUAGAAGCAGAAAAUUAUUAUUCGAAAUGCUUAACGAAACUCAGUACCAAGUUAAGCAAAGCUUGCAAAGAGAGUGUCGGCUCGUGCGCAGAGGCGUGGAAGCAUGUGGCCUUAGAAAUGGAAAAACGAUCAGAAAUACAUAGAAAUUACUCCAGUGCCUUAACCGAGGAGCUCGUAAAACCAAUGAAACAUGUCAUAGAUAGCCAACUUAAACUAAGAAAGAAGAUUGAAGGUAAUGUUGAUAAAACGACACGCACUUUGUCCGACUGGAGGUCUGCCGAAGCCAAAUCGAAGCGGCAGUCGCACGCGGCGGCGCGAGAGAACGAGAAGUUACAAGACGCCUCACUAGAUGCUAGCCGCAUAUCGCGGAGCUCGAGUGUGGGUCACAUUCCGCAUUCCAUUUUGAGCGCGGCGCGGGCGGACCGCACCACAAACCCGACGAGUGAGAGGGACGCCGCCAAACUGCAGGUAAAGAAGAAGAAAACGGAGGAUGCCGUUAAGAAAACCGAGGUCGAAUAUUAUAACGUCUGCGUUCAGGCAGAAAGAGCGAGGUUGGAAUGGGAAACGAGCGUCGUGAAAGGUGCGGGGAUGUUGGAAUCUCUCGAAGAGGAAAGACUCGCUCAGAUGAAGAACUCCGCCGAUUGUUAUCUGAGGCUGACGGCAGCUGUACCUCCACAGUUAGCAGAGGCUACGAACGCUCUCGUGGGGCCGAUCCAAAACGCGAAUGCGAAUGUGGACAUGCGUGUGGUGCGAGGCGUGCGCUCGGCGCCGGCCGGAGCCAGCGAGCAACUGUUGCCUGACUUCUACUGCGAGCACACCACGCUCGCCAUGAACAGAGAACGACGAAAACAAGCAUUGCUCAAAAUUAUGCAAUUAGUAAAACAAGACAUAGAAAGAGAACGCAAGUCCAAGCAAGGCUUGGAGAAGUUAUCGAUGGCUAUGAAACAAACGCCGACUUUUGGUAGCGACGACUCUCAACAAAAUGUCGCCGACAAAUUGUAUCAUAUGAGAUCCAUGCUAACCUACCUAGAGGCGGUGCGGCACAAAAUAACUUCCAGCUUGAGCGAACUAGACAACCGACCACCCUGCCAGCAUCCUCUGGCGACGCAUAUACAGGUCGUUAGAGACAAACAGGGCCUCCAACAGAGCAUUCUUAAGAUUCCGCCAUGGCUGCAAGCUGAUUACCAAAACGAAGUCAACAAAAACCUACAGCCGAAUUACACAGCUUUAUCGAAAAGCGUGAAUGGAGGGGAUGAGAAGGAACGGCGUGACUCCAUCAUGAGCCGCGCGUCCAGCAAAUUGCGCAUCGAACAUCUGUCGUUCAGGCGCAACACGGAGCACAAGAGUGCACCGGUGACGCCCUUGUGCACGGAGCCGCCCCCACCUCUCAAGCCACCCUCGCCAGAACCGCUGCCGCCGGAGAGCCCGCUCGACUGGAGCGAGCGCGGCGCCGGGGACGGCCUCUCCAAUCAACAGGAUAGUGAUUUUGACGAGUUCUCGUCGCAAAGUGACAGUUCAACAGAUCUAACAGACGUGGGGAAGAAUAGCACGGGCGAUGAACCAGUGCAGAAGUACAUCGGCAAAUGUCGCGCGCUCUACUCGUACGAGGCGAGGUUGGACGACGAACUCACCUUGUCACCAGGUGACAUUGUAAAUAUAUACGAGAAACAAGACGACGUCUGGUGGAGUGGGGACUUGAAUGGCUCCUUUGGAAUCUUCCCGUCAUCCUACGUCGAAGAAAUCACCUCUUGCAUAUGAAGCUGCGAAUUAUACCCAGUAUCGUGACAGAGAACCUUUACCUGAACCGCACAUGAGAGAGUAAACAGAGAUUUCAUGUACAGUUAUUGGGAAAUAUAAAUUAUUGUAGUAAUCACAUUUUUCGUUAAAAAUAUAAAAAAUAAAUGUUACACAACCCUCAUUUCACAAAUCCAACUGAAAAAAUCAAGAAGCUGCUUUUCAAAUUAUUUAUUGCACGAUAAAAUGCGAGUAUUUCGUUUGUGGAACAGGAUGGACUGGGAAAGGACCACACUAUCGUCGUCCUGCGUUUGCACAGAGUGCCUCAAUUAUUUUACUUUUAUCAAUCUAUACCCACGCGGUUUCGGAGUCAGCAAACCGUAACGAUCCACCGUGUUCAUCUUUGACUCUCAGACGUUAGUGAAACGCAUUACAAAAUUACAGUAAAAACGAAUUUGCUAAAGUGAAAACAGACCAGUCCGUUACGUAACAUUAAUAAAGUGAGCAGCAGCGCGGCUCAUAUGCUCCCUCGCCGGCCGUGCUGCAAAAACUAGUCCACAGUUGGCUGCAGACUUAUUUGAUCAAUAAACAAAAGCACAAAAUGGGAAUUUAUUACAUUUGUAGUAUUCGUACUUAAUUUACACUUUGUUUAUAAAGUAUUUAAGAAUAUUAAUAUAUCGAGUACUUGCGGCAAAAAUGCCACUUUAAAUAAAUACUUGUUUUCUGGGUUGCUUUCUACGUCAUCGUAUACGUCAUCAAUUGCCUUUUUUCAUUUUACCGUCUUCAUAACAGUUUUAAUAAGGAUAUUCUGUUGGUACCGUGUAGAUAAACGUUCGUUAAUUAUUUAUAAACAUUAUGUAUAGAUAAGUACUUAGACGUAACUCCUGUUUUUAGUACGUCAUUCGAGAGAUCGUGAAUAUUCGGAGAGACUGCGAUAAGUGGCAAACAACCUGCAAUAUGUAUGUCUAAGUGUGUUAGCGUUAAAUUAAACCAAAGUAUUUUAUAUAAUAAACAAAAUGGUGAUAAUUAUACAUAACUGACUUUUUAAUUGUAAUUGUCUAAAUAUAUUUCUUGAAUGUU